AAUUAAUUUUUUUUUAAUGUAGAAGAGUUAUAGAAAUGGGAAAAUUAAGUUUCAACAAAAAAUGGAAUUUUGCAGUCAAAAAUAAAAAUGCUGCUAACUCAAGAUUGGAUUUUUUGAGAAAGAAGAACGAGACUACGAAUUAUGGAAUGAAUCGCAAUUCUAAAUCAACUCUUCGUAAGAAAGUCUGCAACGUUCCGUUUAUAAUUCAACUUCAAAAGUGGAAGCAGCCAAAGGUCUUACAAGGGGCAGAAGAUUUCAAUGAAAAGAGUGACGAGUUUGUUGAAAUUCCAGAAGAUAGUAAAAAUACCAUAAAUAAUGCGACAAAUGGCAAUUCUGAAAAGAAAAAAUCCAGACUAUCUGUCGAUUUUGCCAAAAUGUUUCUGGUAAUUGGAAGUUUAGAAGAGCCAAUUAAAGAAAAUAUAAACUCUACGUUAUUUUCACAAGAUGACAAAGAAACAUUUUCAAACAACGGAACAAAAUUCAAAAGUAUUUCAACAAAUUUAAACUUUCAAUUAGAGAAAAAUGAUUUUGCUGAUAAUAAAAAUAAAUUGACGUACGUAAAUCACAUUAAUGUUAAUAUUAUGAAUGAUACAAGUCGAAUGAACAAUAGUGUGCAAAUUCUUGCCUUGAAUGAAACGACGGGGGAAAAAGUCCUUAAUCCACAUCUUGGUAAAGAAAAAUCAUAUUUUUUGUACAAAACAACUCGAAGGGAUGUCAAAGUCGAUUGA